AUGGCCGCACGGAACGCCUCAGCUUUCCAGUUCACGAGCCCAUCAAUCGACCAUGAAUUCUGGAAGGACUUCAGCGAGGCGGAUGGCACGUGGCUGUACGCGCCGCUGACUUCCUUGGGCGUGGAUCACGAGUUCUGGAAGGAUUUUUCAGAGGAAGACUGCACCUGGCUGUCUGGCCCGCUUGGAUUCUCGAUGGGUGAAGACACCUCCAUUGAACACGCGUUCUGGGAGGACUACAGCGAGGAGGAGCAGACGUGGCUCAAGAGGCGGCAGCAGCGGCUGCACGCCGUUGCGGUGCGCGUGGGGCGGUUGAACGAGGACGAGCAGAGCACUGCGCGCUCCCCCCGUGCGUCGCUGGGCUUCUCCCCACUGCGACCCACCAAGCCCGUGAGUCAGCCGCGCAGCAACACGCCCACGCCCACGCACGUCAUGGGUGCACGCGCUGUUGUCGCCACCGCCGAUGUGAAGAGCGCUGCUGUCAGCAACGCUGCUGUUAAGACCGCUUCCAGCGUCGCUGUGAAAAGCGUUCCUGUUAAGGCCGCACUUUCAGCAGCCAAGGGAACGCGUGCAUCUGCAGCUGCACCAGCCAAGGCUGCUGCUGCUAGAAGCGUUGCUGCUAAGCCUGCAGCUGCAGCAGCUAAGAGUGUUGCUGCUAAGAGCAGCCCAGUGGGGUCGGUGGCAACAGAAGCGGCAGCAGAGAAGGUGAGGGAGCAGGGCAUUGGGAGGGCAGCUCACACGGCGGUGCGUGUAGCAGCAGGGAAGGCGGCGUUGGGAGGGGUGGAGGCAGCAGGAGGGCGAGCAGCAGGUGUGGGGUCGGGUUCAGGGCGUGGUGGCGGUGGUGCGAGUGGCAUCCCUCAGCCUGGGCAGAGCAGGGCAGCGCUCACAGCUGCAGCGGCUAAGGCAGUGCAGGCUGCGCCUCACAGCACUCAUUCCCCACUGCCUGAUUCCCCACUGCCUCAUUCCCCACUGCCUCAUUCCCCACUGCCUCAUUCCCCACUGCCAGAUUCCCCACUGCCAGAUUCCCCACUGCCAGAUUCCCCACUGCCAGAUUCCCCACUGCCAGAUUCCCCACUGCCAGAUUCCCCACUGCCAGAUUCCCCACUGCCAGAUUCCCCACUGCCUGAUUCCCCACUGCCUCAUUCCCCACUGCCUGAUUCCCCACUGUCUGAUCCCCACUGCCUGAUUCCCCACUGCCAGAUUCCCCACUGCCAGAUUCCCCACUGCCAGAUUCCCCACUGCCAGAUUCCCCACUGCCAGAUUUCUCACUGCCAGAUUCCCCACUGCCUGAUUCCCCACUGCCUGAUUCCCCACUGCCUGAUUCCCCACUGCCUGAUUCCCCACUGCCUGAUUCCCCACUGCCUCAUUCCCCACUGCCUCAUUCCCCACUGCCUCAUUCCCCACUGCCUGAUUCCCCACUGCCUCAUUCCCCACUGCCUGAUUCCCCACUGCCUGAUUCCCCACUGCCAGAUUCCCCACUGCCAGAUUCCCCACUGCCUGAUUCCCCACUGCCUGAUUCCUCACUGCCUGAUUCCCCACUGCCUGAUUCCCCACUGCCUGAUUCCCCAUUCAUUUUGA